AAGCCACUAGAACUUCGCUGUUUUAUCAUUUUAUCUUCGACCCUUUCUUUUUUCCCACUUCCUUCUUCUCUCUUAGUUUGACUUCUGGUAUGUUGUGGAAUCCUUAAUCGUGCGGACACGGCCGUAUAAAAAACAGGGUUUCUGAGUCUCUUCCUCGCCUUUUAUUGCAGGUUGAAAAAAAAAAAAAAAAAAAGGCACAUCUAAGUUCUGAGGACCAGCCAUGGAUGUCAAUCAGGUGCUGGCUGGCACCCUUUCACCAGAUGCCGCAACUCGUCAAAACGCUGAACAACAGUUGCUACAUGCUGCUGAAGUCGACUUUGCUGGAUACCUCACUACCCUAGCAGGUGAACUUGCAAAUGAAUCUGCGGCUCCCGCUAUCAGAACAGCGGCUGGUAUAGCGCUGAAAAACUCCUUUUCAUAUCGAGAUCUCGCCAGAUUGAGAGAAGUUCAAGGGAGAUGGGUUCACCAGGUUAAUCCACAGGUUAAAAGCGGGGUGAAGGACCUAGCUUUGAAGACUUUGGCCUCCCCUGAUUCACGAGCCGGACAGUCCGCUGGUCAAUUUAUUGCUUCUAUUGCGGCGAUCGAACUUCCCCGAAAUGAAUGGCCUGAGCUAAUGAAUAAUCUGGUUCAAAAUGUUAGCGGUGGAUCGGAUCGCUUGAAACAAUCCUCCCUCGUUACUAUUGGAUUUAUUUGCGAAUCUGAAGAUCCAGAUCUCAGAGAGAGUCUGAAUUCCCAUUCAAACGCCAUCCUAACUGCGGUUGUGCAAGGAGCAAGAAAAGAAGAGCCAAAUAACGAUGUUCGGAAUGCGGCCAUCACAGCAUUGAGCGACGCCAUAGAGUUUGUGAGAUCUAACUUUGAAAAUGAAGGAGAACGCAACUACAUAAUGCAGGUUAUUUGCGAGGCCACACAGUCAAACGAUGUUAGAAUACAGAGCGGCGCGUUUGGUUGUUUGAACCGUAUUAUGAGUAGCUAUUACGACAAGAUGCGAUUUUAUAUGGAAAAGGCUCUUUUCGGACUCACGGUCUUGGGAAUGAAGAGUGAAGAAGAGGAUGUUGCCAAGCUCGCCAUCGAGUUCUGGUGUACCGUCUGCGAAGAAGAGGCUGCUAUCGAAGAUGAUAAUAGACUGGCGAAAACCGAAGGAUCGUCGAUUAUUCGCCCAUUCUUCAACUUCGCUCGCAUUGCUUGCCGGGAGGUCGUCCCAGUGCUGUUGGAAUUGAUGACCAAACAAGACGAAGACGCUUCUGAUGACGAUUAUAAUAUCUCGCGGGCCGCUUACCAAGCGCUUGAAUUAUAUGCCAGCUGUGUCCAUGCUGACGUGAUACCUCCUGUUCUAGCAUUUGUGGAAGCCAACCUUAGAAAUGACGACUGGCACCGUCGUGAUGCGGCCGUAUCAUCGUUUGGUGCCAUCAUGGAGGGACCAGAAUUUGAAACUCUCGAUCCGCUUGUUAAGCAGGCCCUCCCUGUCCUAAUUCAGAUGAUGGAUGAUAAGGUCAUUCAUGUAAAAGAUUCAGCUGCAUACGCCCUUGGUCGAAUCACCGAAUUCUGCCCGGAGUCAAUUGAUGUCAGCAUGCACCUGCACCCUCUUAUUUCAUGUCUGUUCAACGGUUUGGCAAGUAGCCCCAAGAUUGCUGGAUCUUGCUGCUGGGCGUUGCAGAAUAUCUCAGACCGCUUCGCUGGUGAACCCGGCGCUGAGACCAGUGAAUUCUCUAAGCAUUUUAAGGAUAGCGUCAGCUCAUUGCUUGCCGCCACUGAGAGACCCGACGCGGACAACCUUCUCCGAACGGCUGCAUAUGAGGUUCUCUCGACAUUUGUUACAAACGCUGCCACUGAUUGUCUGCCUGUGAUUGUCAGCCUGGUCGACGUCAUCAUGGAAAGACUGGAGCGCACUGUUCCUAUGCAACAACAGGUAGUCAGUGUUGAAGACCGGAUCACACUAGAAGAACUCCAGACGAGCCUUACCAGUGUCCUUCUCGCUAUUGUGCAACGGUUAGAAACCGAAAUAAAACCACAGGCAGACCGGAUCAUGCACCUUAUGCUUAAGGUCUUGUCCACACUGCCUGCGAAAUCCAGCGUGCCUGACGUCGUGUUUGCCACUGUCGGUGCAAUUGCCAGCCCCGUGGAAGAAGACUUCUUGAAGUAUAUGGAGGCCUUCACACCAUUCCUCUACAGUGCUCUGGGUAACCAGGAAGAACCUGGUCUAUGCUCUAUGGCUAUCGGCCUAGUAAGCGAUAUCACUCGAGCAUUAAACGAAAAGGCCCAGCCCUUCUGCGAUACAUUCAUGAAUUACCUCCUCAAUCUACUGAGAAGCACCACGAUUACCAAUCAGCUGAAACCUGCUAUUCUUUUGACAUUUGGCGACAUCGCACAAGCUAUUGGAACUAAUUUCGAGACAUACUUACCAGUCGUGGGUCAGGUUCUUCAACAGGCGUCAGGCGUUACUGUCGGCAACGAUUUAUCUCAGGACACCCUUGACUACGUCACUUCUCUUCGUGAAGGCAUCAUGGAUGCUUGGGGUGGCAUACUUCUUGCCUACAAGGGUACGCCCAAUGCUAAUAAUUUAACACCUUUUGUUGAGUCGAUAUUCCAGCUCAUUAGCCAUAUCGCUCACGAGGGCACCAGAAGUGAGGGUUUGAUGAGGUCCACCAUGGGUGUAAUUGGUGACUUGGCCGAUGUGUUCCCCAACGGUGAAUUUGCAUCCCUAUUCCGCAACGAGUUUGUCUCCGGCCUUGUAAGAGAAACCCGAUCCAAUCGGGACUACGGUGGUCGCACAAUUGAGACUGCACGAUGGGCCCGUGAACAGGUUAAACGACAGGUCGGCCUCGCUACUGCGGCUGCCAUGUCAUAGAUAUCAUUUGCGAUAACAGUGUUUCCCAGUAUCUCGGGUCUAUUGUGCCUAACUUACAGGAAAACUGUCACUUAAAUCCCCCUGUAAUGGUCUAUACCACUAGUGGAAAGUGACAGCCGAGUUCGUCCAACUCUUGAGGGUGACAGAAGAGCCCGCCCAGAACUGCUAUAAAGGGGUUUCCUGAGCGGCAUGCAGAUUGGAAAAUCCAAUAUCUUUUACAGCACAGGAGUUUUGCACAUGGACUCAUAAUAAUAACCCCACCCACCAAGCAGAUCGACCCCCUGUCUCGCGGUCACCCUGAACACUCACAAGCCCGCCCCCACGCCAGCAAGCAUUCAAGCAUUGCAGCCUUUCCACCUCGCAAUGACCCUAAUUCCUUUGUCGCACGACCCCCCUAGUAUGAUAUGUUGAUGCUUGUUUCCAGAAAGGGUUCCGCCCCCCAACCUUACGUUUAAAUCAUGUAUGCCCCUAAGUCAUGUAUCUUCCUUACGGCCUAGUAUUUAUUCACUUGGACUGGGUUGUUUGGAAACUAAAAUAUUGAUUUUUGUUAUUCCGGCGAGUGUGGAGAAGCGAAAGGACGACGGAUGGAUGGCCAUUUGAGAGGAUGGAGGAGAUUUUACAUUGCCUUUUUCAGCCUCUUCUUUUCUCCUUUUCCCCAGUCUUUUCCCCUUCGCCUAAUUCCCCCCCCUUCGAUUUCGCUUACCCUAUUUUAGACAUUGGCACAGCACUUGAUUGCCCCUUCGAGCUUGAAUUUUAGAGCAAAUUGUAAUAUCAUCCAGCCCAUGUAUUUGCCCUCGCCUGUGCCCUUACAUUUUGCUUUACUUAGACGAAGAAUAUUCUAUGGCCCUGAUAUAUGACAAUAUGCAGUUUACCAACACUGACAGGGAAGUGUAUGAUAUCGUUCAACCCUCA